GAGCAUGGUGUGUGUGUGUGGGGGGUCAUGCCAAGAGUGACCAAGAGGUUAGUUUGUUCAGACGUGGCCGACCACCCUUAAAUGGGGAGAAAGGGCAGGAGCACAGGCAGAAAGCCACCGACUGAGAGCACCGAUCCCCAGCAUACCCCAAGGGGAACCCUGGGGUGUAUAAAAUACACGGCACUGUCAGGUGACGCCCCUCCACCCUUUAGUACAGCCAGCUCGGGUAACCUCCCUUCUGCCUCUCCCUCUUUCUAGAGCAAUGCCGAAGCCCCCAGUGCUUCCGCCAUGCUGCCCCGCCAGCCUGGGCUAUGUCGCCGAGCCGUGCUCCCUGGCGGGGCAGUUACACCAGCACGCGACUGAGGGCAGGCUCAAGAAGGCCAAGAGGCUGCUGAAGAGAGGGGUGGAUGUGGACGGCCAAAACACAGCUGGACAGACAGGUCUCUUCGUCGCCGCACUGCUGGGACACACCGCGGUCGCCCGGCUCUUCCUCCGGUUCAGAGCAGAUCCCAACCACCGGUGUUUCGAUGGCAGCACCCCUGUCCACGCCGCCGCCUUCUCCUGCCAGCGGCCCCUCUUCGCCCAAGUCCUGGAGGCGGGGGGUGACCUGAGACGCCAUGAUCAGCAGGGCAGGACCCCCCAGGACUGGGCCGAACAAGCUGGGAGUGACCAGAAUGCCGAGGUACCUAUGCAAUCGAGGUGGGCGGCCUCCAGUGCUUAAUUGGUAAUGACAGAGGUGCCUGGGCUCAAGCAAUUUUUGUAUACUCACAACCGAUGCAGGAAGCCCAGAGACACCGGGGCUCUGAACCGCCCGGCCCGGGGGCACCGGGGCUCUGAACUCCCAGUCCCGGAGGUGCCGGGCUCUGAACCGCCCAGCCCAGAGGCGCCGGGGCUCUGAACCGCCUGGCCUGGAGGUGCCAGGCUCUGAACCGCCCAGCCCAGAGACGCUGGGGCUCUGAACCACCAGGCCCGGAGGUGCCGGGCUCUGAACCGCGCAGCCCAGAGACGCUGGGGCUCUGACCCGCCCGGCCCGGAGGCGACGGGGCUCUGAACCGCCAGGCCCAGAGGUGCCGGGCUCUGAACCGCCCAGCCCAGAGACGCUGGAGCUCUGAAUUGCCAGGCCCAGAGGUGACGGGCUCUGACCCGCCCGGCCCGGAAGCGACGGGGCUCUGACCCGCCCGGCCCGGAAGCGACGGGGCUCUGAACCACCAGGCCAAGAGGUGCCAAGGCUCAGCCCUGGCAAGCCCUGGCACAAAUUAAGCACUGGGGGCCUCUGUAUGGGAUAAGGAGCUUAGCCUGAAUUGUCUGCCUGUCGCCCCCUCCAGGUGCUGGCAUUCAUUCAGCAGUGCCGUGCCCGAAUGGUGGGGCUGACUCAGCAUGGGGAGCAGGGAGCCACACAGACGCUUUCCAGCAGGGUAGGGGGCUCGCCACGCAGCCCGCGUUCCUUCUUCUCCUCCCUGUCCUCCCUGCUCUCUGCCUCCUUCUGGUAAGACCCCCUCCCCACAAAGCUGGGGUUCUGACAGUGCAGCAGCUCCCAGCAUGCAUUGCUCCAUCUUGAUCCCAGCAGCCAUUCUGAUGUGAGUGGAUGGGAGGUAGCGCAUGAGGUUACCAUCCCCGUCAUGCACUGCUCCGAUGAGACUCAGGUAAUGUAGCAUGUAAUGCUCUAUCGCAGGGGUAGGCAACCUAUGGCACGCGUGCCGAAGGCGGCACACGAGCUGAUUUUCAGUGGCACUCACACUGCCCAGGUCCUGGCCACCGGUCCAGGGGGCUCUGCAUUU